UUUGCGCGCGCGUACUUUUAGUCCGCAGACAGAUGUAUCGUGCAUAAAACUAUCGAUCAGACAUAUUUCAUCAUGUUCGAAAUUGUCGUCCUUUCGAGAUUGAUGCAAACGCAUCAAUUUGCUUCUAUCAAAAAAAAAGAAGAAGAAAAGGAGAACGUUAUAAGAAAGAAGUAUCAAUAGAAAUAUGAAACUAGAGAAUCUGAUCAGUUAGUCGAUACAAGUUUGGCAUCAAAUUUUCGAAAUCUACCUGGAAUUAUCGUACGUCAUGCCGCGCGGGUUGUUUUGAACCGUCAUGCUCAUGAUUGAGCAAACCUUACAGUAUCUGUAUAUUAUGACGAGUUUCUCUGGCGUCGACUUCUCCAAGGUGAUAAAAACUUUGAGUGAAAUAAUGGCGUACUUAAUAUUGUUAGUUAAGCUUGGGAUUUUGGUGUAAACAGCGAUGAGAUACGCAACAAUAUACGUAGCGAUGUGCAGUGCCAGCGAGACCUCUCCGUUUUCAGUUUGUUUCUAUAAUAUUUUCAAAUAAAAUUCCCAGUGAUGAUAAUUGUUCUGAUCAUUUUUUCGUGUUCUUGUUAUCAAUGUGAUAUUGUAACCAGCGAACAUUAAUUGUAAAAUGUUUGACAAGAUAUUAACAUUAAUGGCGGUCGAUUGGAAAAAGUGCAUCAAUACGAAGUUCAGUAUUUUCGCGAUGACGAGCAAAGCGAAGUCUAAUCGCGAACUAUAAGCAUACUCAGCAUAUAGUCCGUCUCUUCAACAACGUUCGCACAAAAUCACGCGAUGCAUUUUCUCGUUUCUCACCCUCGCCAUGCUCCCCCAGGAGCGAGAAACUUUUCAACUUCGCGCUCAGCCGACUCAUGGAAGCUGCACUACCAAGUUCGCUGCUUGUUGCAUUUUUAAAACGAACAUGCGGUUGCGCUAUACACUCUCGGCGGUUACAGAGGGGGUAGAAGCCGGGUCCCCAGGAUCCGGGGUUAAGAGGGGAGGAGGUGAAGAACAAUAGUCGCUGGAACCGUCAUACGUGGUUUCAUGUUCGGCAAACUUUGCGUAUGUGCGUUAGUAAUACUUAACGAGUGCUUGCGCGAUUGGUCGCUAUUUGCCGACACAUAAAGCUACGACUUCUCUUCUCUGGGUCGUUCAGUGCGUAUAGGAUGAAGAGCGUAGAAUCCGGAUGCACAAAGACAAAGACAACGGUUAUCUUGUCGCGUUUUCCGCCAUCCCCGAUAAACAUGAAGAUGAGCACGCUCAGUCGCGUGGUGGAGAUCGGUCUACAAGCUUGCGGUGUCUGGCCAUAUCUGCCGUCGACCGUUCUCUACCGGCUGUUGUGGGUAGUUAUGUUGGGGACAGUUCAGGUUUUGCAGUAUCAGUACCUGCUGAUACAUUACCACUCUGACAAUUUUUCCGACUUCAUGGAUGGGAUGAGCAGCACUAUGGCGUACACCUUGUUAUUCAUAAAACUCACCAUUUUAUGGGCCAAUCAGAGAAGCUUUUCCGAUAUACUGCAAAUGAUGAGCACGGACUGGAAGAAUUGCAGCUUGACCGACCACAGUCUUCAUAUUACAACAAGCAGGGCGAAACUGUCGCACCGUUUCUCGCAUUGGAUCAUAGGUCUUCAAUUGAUCGCCAUAGUGCUCUAUAUAUGCGGCGUCCUAGCCGUAAACGCCGAUGAAAUGCGCCGGAUGAACGUGUCCGCGCGGCAGCACAUCCUUAAGAUGAAGCUACCAUUCACAGUCAACACGUCUCCCGUGUACGCACUGGUUAUGAUACUCCAAUUCUUCCUCCUGGUCAUGUGCGCCUGUGGGGUUUCCAUCGUUAAUUCGCUCGUUGUCUCUUUGAUCCUUCACAUCGGCGGUCAGAUCGAUAUUCUACGUAACUGGCUGCUGAGAGGGUUUUCCCAAAACGUCAUCAACACUGUGAACCGAAUCACGAUAAGGGCAUUGAUCACGAAGCACCAACGGAUCGUCGUAUUUUCGCAAAAUAUCGAGAAUCUCUACACAUACAUCGCGCUGAUGCUGUUCGUAUCGGAUACCCUUAUUAUAUGCUGUCUGGGAUUUAUCAUCGUUUCGUCAAUUGGCACACCGGAAGGCCCGGCGAUCUUGGUAAGGUCCAUGUUAUUCUACAUCAUGGUGAAUCUCGAGGCUUUUAUAUAUUGCUUCGCGGGUGAAUACCUGAGUGCCAAGAGCCAAAUGAUCGGCGAUGCGGCCUACGAUUCGCUAUGGUACAACCUCACGUCGAGAAAAAAUCGAAUUACAUUGCUGAUGAUACUGAGGUCGCAGAAACGUCUGACCAUCACGAUCGGGAAAAUCAUGGAUCUCUCAUUGGAGCGUUUCGCCAGCGUCGUGAAGGCAUCGGCGUCAUAUGUUUCCGUGUUAUUGGCGAUAAACUGAAGACCCACGCCUUGAUCGAUCGAUAAUAGUAUCUUGACAGUUUCAGUGUCCACACAUAACAGUAAUAUUAAGUAGUUGCUGUAAUAACAACAAGAACGCAUCGAUGUAACAACAAUCUAGAAAUCGUCAUCGCAUUAUUUUAAAUUGGUGCAUUUGUUACUCGUCUGACCGAAACCUAUUCGCAUGUAUUAACUUGUGGACUAUGCUGUUUCCAACUAAUUAAAACACCCAAAACAAAGACGACAAUUGCGUAAUGAAAUUUUAAGUGAUACUUAAGCUGACAUUGUACGGGAAAAUUAAUUCUUCCUAGAUAUAUAUGACUGAGUUCUUACUUUUUUACAGUGCACUAUAAACCUCUAAAGUUUGAUGUUAUAAGUUUAUCGUCCGCGAGGAGUAAGAAAGAGAGAGGAAAAGGGAAUGAAACAAAGAGAAUAGAAGAGCAUACAUAGCAUUUGAACAAAACUUUCCUUACUAUUUUGUUUCCCCAUCUUUGGGUGCUGAGUUACUCUUUCUACGGUUAUCGCAUGCAACAUUACGCAACUGAUUGUGAGACAUAUCCGUGUGUUUUACCCGGGGAAUUAUGCGAGUUACAUUUUUCGAGGAAAAAACUCGCUGUAAUGCAGGAAAAAUUCUCUACGGCAGUGAGCGAAACAGAAAAUCUUUAUAAAAAGAAACUUUUGCCUUCUGCCUUUUUUCUACCUACCCUCCUUUUCGUCACUCAUGUCCAUUCGAGUUCUCUUUCCCAUCUGUGGAACUACAAAAGUUUUCUUCGCGGUCACCGGAAUUGAAUCGUGCUCACUGCAACGUUUGCUUGCAUUUUUAAAGCAAAUAACACUGUGCAUAUCCCGGUUUGCCCGACAAUUCGAGAGAGGGUCGACCGACCACCCGGAAGUUUUUACCUUCUCCUGUCCCGUCCGCCAACAUACCGCAACAAUAGCGUGUAUGUAUGCAAACUGCCCAUGACACGAUCAAAAUAUUUAAUAAGCGGCGGCACGAGGGAGAGCGCAUGCAGU